AUGUCAUACAAGAAAUUAGGGUUAUAUCCCCCAAAUCCUGUGACUGUACGAGGGGCAUCGACGAAGCUUAGUUCAGGGAAGGACAAGGUUGUGUACACCUCUGGAAGAACUGUGUUGAUUGCUUUCAAUCUCCAAUCCUUUGCCCCUCGUUUCUCGCAACUCAAAGAGAUCGCACGACAGAAUCCAGGAAUUACGACAUCGUACUCUGGCCAUAUCCAGAAUGCGACUGUCGCACGGCUCUCUCCCUCGGGGUACUACUGUGCAUCUGCGGAUAUCACUGGUAAAGUGAACGUGUGGGAUACUGUAGGGGAAGAUCAGGUUCUAAAAGGAGAGUAUAAGGUCAUCUCUGGAAGAGUAAACGAUCUGUCCUGGGACGGAGAAAGCAAGCGAAUUAUUGCUGUAGGAGAUGGCAAGGAGAAAUUUGGCUAUGCGUUCAUGAUGGACACUGGUUCAUCUACUGGAGAGAUUAUUGGCCACUCAAAGCCUAUCAACGCAGUGUCCAUCAGGCAUCAGAGACCUUUCCGAGCAGCGACCGCUGGUGAUGACAAUGUGAUCGUUUUCCACAGCGGAGCACCUUACAAGUACGAAAAGACGAUCAAAACCCACACCAAAUUUGUUCAGGAUGUACAGUAUGCGCCAUCCGGUGACCACUUUGCUAGUGUUGGUUCAGAUGCUAAGAUCUUCCUCUACGACGGAAAAACUGGAGACACCGUCGCAGAAUUCACUGAUAGCCCUCAUAAAGGCACAAUCAUGGCCUGCUCUUGGAGCCCAGACAGCAAAAACUUUUUCACUUCCUCUGCAGAUUGCACUGUGAAACUAUGGGAUGCCCAAGCGCAGAAAGCAGUAACCACUUGGACUGUCGGGUCCGGAGUCAGCCAUCAACAGAUGGGUAACACUUGGAGUGGAACGAGCGAUCUGGUGUCGCUUUCGAUGUCCGGCGAUCUUAACGUUUUCGAUCCCAGGACAGGAGACAAACCCGUUCGCGUUCUUAGUGCCCCUCAGAAAUCUAUCACAGCAAUUGCACCAUCGUCAUCCGGCACAUUCUUGACUGGCUCCGCUGAUGGUCGUGUGUACUCCAAUUCGUCAUCGACACAAGAAACCAGAGUUCUCGAGGGAGAGAGCCACUCCAACCAUGUUUCUGGUUUGGCUACUUCCAGCACAGAUGGGACGACCUAUUCCAUCGGCUUUGACGAUCUCGUACGUGAGAUUUCACCAUCUGGAACGAGCUUUGUCCCUGCUUCAGCACCAACCGGCGCUCAACCAAAGUCCAUUGCUGUCGCUGGAGACGCUUCUGUAUUUGUCGCUGAGAUCGGCAAAGUUGAGGCGUUCCGCUCCAAUCAGAAGGUAUUUGAGCAGAAAACAUCUUUCGAACCCAGCGCGGUCGGUGCUUCAGGAACUCUGGUCGCUAUCGGUGGAGAGGAUCGCAAAGUGCGCCUGAACGAAUGGGAUGGGAAAACCCUUAAAGAAGUCGCGGUGCUUGAAGGCAACCAAGGAGCUGUCUCUGCUCUUGCCUUCUCGCCUGACGGGAAGUACCUGGCAUCAGGCGAUUCGUCUGGUAAAUUGAUUUUGUUCGAUCCAAAAGAACGCAAGCUGGUCACCUCGCGCUGGGCCCACCAUACCGCCCGGAUCAACUCUCUCUCCUGGACCGCGGACUCUGCGCACUGCGCGUCCGGCUCGCUCGACACGCACGUGUACGUUUGGAGCGUGGCAAAGCUGAUGAAGAACAUCCCAAUCAAGAAUGCGGGACCUGGGGGUGUCAAUGGCGUCCUCUGGGUCGAUGGUGGGGUGGGUAAAGGCGGUAAGCUGGUGUCGGCUGGGUUUGAUGGCUGUGUGAGGGGCUGGGAUGUCACCUUCCAUGCUUAG